AUGAAUAAAGCAGAUGUAGAGGGCUGUCAGUGCCUCUCCUCCGACACCUCGCCGCCCCCGCGGCUCCCGAUUCUCAAGCAGUCGACCCCCUUCCUCGACUUACUCCAGAAGGCUCUCCCUCCGUCGGGGAACUUCUUCAUCUCGCCCUUCAGCGUCUGGAGCGCCCUCGUCCUCGCCUACUUCGGCUCCCGAGGCAAGACGAAGGCGGAGCUGGAGCAGGUUCUGCGGCUCACCAACAGGGAGGACACGCUCGCCCUGUUCAGGGCCCUCGAACGGCGUUAUGGCUCCCAAGAAGCAAACCAGAACUACACCAUCAACUCGGCUAACAGGAUAUACAUCGACCAGUCCAUUCCCGUCCGAGAAUGCGUGGGAAAAGUCCUCGACGACAAAGUGAAGUUCACAGACUUUAAUAAUAGGCCCGACGCCGCCGCUGCUGACAUCAACGCCGAAACGCGAGGAAAAAUAACAAAGCUUAUACAACUCUCCUUUGUUAAAGGCGCUAAAAUGGUCUUAACUAACGCCGUCUACUUCAAAGGCUUUUGGAAAUACCCGUUCAAGCCUCAAAGGACCCACAAGGACAAGUUUUUCGUAACCCCGGAAGAGUCUGUCCAAGUGGAUAUGAUGUCGCAAACGAGAAGGUUCUAA